CCGCCUGUGUGUCAAUACGGACUUCAGGGUGAAACUUUUCCACGGGCGUCCUCUGGUUUUCUUGUUGUCCAGAAAAGCUGAAAAGAUUUGUGCCAAAUUGUCAUGGAAAUUAGACAACACUCGCAGACUCGUCCUCUGAAGAGUCAAAAUACCUUCAUGGAUAUAAAAGGUUCUCCUCUACAAGUUAAUAUGGAAAGUCAGUCUACCAUGACUCAAGAUUCUGCACUUCAUCAGCAAGCACUGGGGAACUCCACAAAUGGGAAAUAUGGAGAAGAUAUCUUUGAUCCAAGUAGCUCCUACAGGAAUAAUCUGAAUGAGCUUGGUUCGAUUGCACCUAUGGCCAUGAUGGUUGCAGAAACGUUGACAAAUGAACAAGCUGCUCCCCCUAGUGUACACGCACCCACCUACUACAACACCAACAGAGGCCAGAUUUAUGACAUCAAGUCUGAGGCAGCAGAUUGGCAGAUUGGCAGCAGCGAUCCGGGCUAUCAGAGUUUCACCAUAUCCACUUCAGAUGCCCCACAACCAUGCCCUGCCUUUGUCCAGUGUCUUCAAUAUUAUGCCCCUGCCAACACAAUGGUAGCUGAAGCUGGUACUGGAGACGUGUCAGCAUAUCAGAUCUGUCCUCCCGCCUCCAGCCUUCCACAGGGUGUAGCGAUGGCGAGCUCAACCAGCCCUCUGCACAGCUCUCAGCAACUUGGUGAGGAGGCCUCACGCAAGAGGGAGCUCCGCCUGAUGAAGAACAGGGAAGCUGCACGGGAAUGUCGCCGGAAGAAGAAAGAGUAUGUCAAAUGUCUCGAGAAUCGUGUUGCCGUGCUUGAAAAUCAAAACAAGACACUCAUCGAAGAACUCAAGGCAUUAAAAGACUUGUACUGUCGCAAGACUGAAUAAAAAAAAUGUUGGUGGUCACACAUGAGAGACUGCUCUUUACGGAUUACUGAAUGCAUCUAAGCAAAAGCACUUUUCACUCUCUGUAUAGUCACUGCUCGCAAAUGCAGAAAAAAGGCUACAGAUGCAUUGUUUAUGUAGUUUUAUAUCUUGACGACUGUGAAGAUUGUAUGUGUGUAUGUCAGGUAGAGCUGAUUUGCUGCACUGAACCAGUGAAUGUGGUAUUUUGCCUUUGUGGCUUGUGCUUUUUGCAGGCAGGCGGCUAAAGAGUCUCGCCGCAGAAAAAGGGAGUAUGUAAACUGCCUAGAGGACCAUAUCUCCAUGCUGGAGCAGCAGAACAAGAUGCUCAUGGAAGAGCUAAAGUAUCUGAAGGAAAGCUGUGCUAAGAAGUCAAGAUAGGUCUUAACAGUUACUGCCUCAUUGCUUUGCCUCUGCUUCUUUUUUUAAUUAUUUUUAUUCAGUUGUACUGCAUGUUUAAUCUUCUGCUUCAGUUUGUUUUUAUAUCUAUCUAUGGGACGAAAGAAAUUUACCAGCACAAAAAACAACAACAACAACAAAAACAGGAUAUCCUGGGUUUUAACAAAAGAAGUUAUCUUUUAUUUUAUUAAUGUUUAAAUUUGAAAUGCUUACAAUAUAUAAGGAUAGACUAUAUAUUAAAGAAGCUGUUGUAUGUGUAUAUUUGAUUGUACAAACCUUACAUAUUGAGGUAUUUGAAUUGAACAUCUACAGUGAACUAAAUACUGAAGUGAUUUUGGAUCUUUAUCUAUGUAGUGAAUUUUAAUCUUGAAUAAAUAUAUUUUUGACACUUAA